CCUUGGAACUGCAUCCGUGAUCGCUCUUGCCGACCCGCGCCCAGCAGCCGCAGACCGAACAGCCAAACAGACCGAACAGACCGAGCAGAUCGCCUGCCUGCAUCCAAAGCCCUGCCUCUCCCUCUAUCGCCGUCCUUUGCCCGCCUGACCACCAUGUCGCUUGUUCGCUCCAUUGCCUCGCACCCGGACUAUCUGAGCCUGAUCUCCUCCCAGCCGCCGACCAAGCUGGUCGUUGUCGAUUUUACAGCGGCUUGGUGUGGUCCCUGCCAACAGAUCAAGCCUGUGUUUGCGGAUUACAGCAAGCGCUUCACACACGUUGUCUUUGCCCAGGUGGAUGUGGACCAGCUCCAGGAAACUGCCCAGCACGCCGGGGUCACGGCAAUGCCGACCUUUCAGUUCUACAAGGCCGGAAACAAGAUCGGCGAGCUCAAGGGCGCUGACCCAGCAGCUCUGCUGAACCUCAUCAAGCAACAUCAAGGCCCCGCCGAAGAAGGGCCGUCUGCCGCUGUCUCUGGACAUAUCGACCUGAGUGACUUUAUAAGCAAGAAUCAAGUUGAAUGCUUGAACGAGAACGACAAACACACUGUCCGCAAUAUCCUCGAGAAGAACGACGCCUAUCUCGAGAGCGAUGUCGAUGAACAGCUCAUCAUCUCGAUUCCCUUCAACCAGGCCGUCAAGCUGCACUCGAUCAAGAUUGUCGCCGACAAAGAAACGGCACCCAGAACAAUCAAGACCUUUGUCAACCAGGCCACGACGCUUUCGUUCGAUGACGCCGAGAGUCGCCCCGAGGUCGAGACAAUCGAGUUGGCCGAAAGGGAUUACGAAGCAACAUCGAUUGUGGGCCUGAGGUUUGUCAAGUACCAGAACGUCCACAGCUUCACGCUCUUUGUGGCUGACAAUCUGUCCGGCUCCGAGACGACGCGGAUCAAGCAAAUCAUCCUGUAUGGCACGCCGGUGGAGACCACCAAGAUUUCGGAUCUGAAGAAGGUCGAGCACACGCACGCAGAUGGCUCGAAACACUGAGUUGAUGACGUUGUGCGGCCAAGCAGUGCAUCCACGGCCGAUGGAUCAGAUGGGAUCCAUCAUCUGUCUGCGGCACCAUGCAUAGAGCAAUAGCAAUACAGCUUUCUGGUCUUUGCUUGCGA